GGCUUGUACUGAAUUACAGCAGUGUCCCUUUACCAUGUCUGCGGGAGCUGAUUAAGGACUGAGACAGGAAGGGCCAGGAUUGGAGAAACAGGAAACUGAUGAAAGGAAAUGAUGCAUGUCACACAGUCACACUGUGCCUUUGGUAAAACGUGAUCCAGGCUCAAGGAACAAAUGGAGUUUAUCCUCAACAGAUCGAUGAAACUCUUACUUUUAGCAGCCUGGGUUUCAAGUGUGCUGGGUCCAUGCAAAGCUUCAGAAAUUUGCAAAUCAUGUCACCAGAACGCAACUUGUGACAGCAAACAGUGUUUGUGCAGGCAAGGUUUUUUUGGAAAUGGAAUGAAGUGCGUAGAUUAUAAUGAGUGUGUAAACCUCACUAACAUCUGUGGGGAUAAUGCCAACUGCACAAACACAAUAGGAAGCUAUUACUGUAUCUGUGUGCCUGGAUACAAGUCAACAGGAAGCCACCAAUUUCAGCCUAAUGACGGAACAUAUUGUAAAGAUAUUGAUGAGUGCAUGGAUAGUGCUAUUUGUGGGCCUUUCUCCAAAUGUCAUAACACAAAUGGCUCUUUCUACUGCACAUGCCCAAGAUAUUAUACAACAUCAUCAGGAAGUAACUGGUUUCUGCCAAAUAUCAGCACAGAGUGCAUAGAGGGCCCAAAUAAAGACUGUCAUCAGGACACAGGAUGUAUAACAAUGACUGUUAAAACCACAAUUGAAAGUAUCAUUAACCUGCCAGAUCCACAGCAGCAAAUGGAGGACAUAAAAAAGCAAACAUCAGGUGACCUUGCUCCAGUCACAAUAAUCUCUUACAUUGAUGCCAUGGAAGCAUCUGCAAUACAGUUUACAAAUGAGUCUCAGAAAGGCAGUGUUAUAAAUUCCAUGAUCAGGAAUUUGGUACAAAGUGUCAACAAUCUGGUGGAAAAAGAGGAAGAGGAGACAUGGAACAGAAUGAGAAAAGAAACCAAAGACCACUACAUAACUAAGUUACUACAUACGGUGGAGCAGGGUGCAAUGGCUCUUUCUAAAGCAUAUAAACAUUCAGCUAAAGUGGAAAUCAAAACAGCUGAUGUAGAACUGAAACUCUACAAAUUUGACCCCCAGAAAAAAAACAACUCCAGCAUCUCAGCAUCUAUAAGUGGAGAUUCCAUUUCACUCAGUCCCAAACAUAUGAAAGCAGCUAGUGGGAGUGUCUCUGUUAUAUUCCUGCACUACGACAGCAUUGGGCCUCUGAUGAAGCCCACCUCUGACCCCGGGGUGAAUGACUACAGCCGAUAUGCUGAAGCUGGGGAAAUUAUAGUAAAUUCUCCUGUAAUAGCUGCUGCCAUAAGUCCAGCAAAAGCUUUCCCAUUAGAUCAGGUGACCUUCACUCUGAAACACAAUGAGCCUAUAGACCCUGAAAUUGAUGAGAGCAAAUGUGCUUUCUGGGACUAUUCACCGAGCAGAAUGAAAGGUCACUGGUCCAUCGAGGGCUGCAAGCGCUCUCGUGUCAACAAGACCCACACAACCUGCUCCUGUAAUCACCUGACACACUUUGCCAUCCUCAUGUCCUCUGGCCGUGCCAAUCUCGCUGCACACUACAACGUACUGACCCGCAUCACUCAGCUGGGAAUGGUGAUCUCCAUAAUCUGCUUGUUCAUGUGCAUCUUCACUUUCUGGUUCUUCAGUGAGCUUCAGAGCACCAGGACAACCAUCCACAAGAACCUAUGUUGUAGCCUUUUCAUGGCUGAGUUCAUCUUUCUGAUUGGGAUCAAUAUGUAUGCACACAAGUUGUUUUGUUCAGUUGUUGCUGGGUUGCUGCAUUAUUUCUUUCUGGCUGCCUUUGCAUGGAUGUGCAUCGAGGGUAUACACCUCUACCUGAUAGUUGUCGGUGUCAUCUACAACAAAGGCUUCCUACAUCGCAAUUUUUACAUAUUCGGUUAUGGCAGUCCAGCAGUGGUUGUCAUAAUCUCUGUAACUCUUGGCUACAAAUACUAUGGUACAAAUUCUGUAUGUUGGCUAAGCACAGAAAGAAAUUUCAUCUGGAGUUUCAUUGGACCUGCAUGUUUAAUAAUUCUGGUGAAUCUGUUGGCUUUUGCUGUAAUCAUCUGUAAAGUCUAUCGUCAUACAGCAGUGAAGAAACCUGAGAUCAGUCACUUUGAAAAUAUCAGGUCUUGUGCGAGAGGAGCUCUUGCUCUCUUAUUUGUACUUGGAGCUACAUGGACAUUUGGUGUGGUGCACAUCCUCAAUGAGACCACUCUCACAGCCUAUCUCUUCACGUUUGCUAAUGCCUUUCAAGGGAUGUUUAUUUUUAUCUUCCUCUGUGUUUUGUCUAGAAAGGUUCAAGAAGAAUACUACCGAAUGUUCAAGAAUGUGCCAUGUUGUUUUGAAUGCCUGAGAUAAGGAAACCAGUCAAUUUUUGCCAACCACCAACAAGGAAGAAAGCUUAAAAAAAAUAAACUCAUAAGUAUUUGAGGAUACUAAACAGUACUUUUUUUUGCCUACAAAAAAAAUCUAUUUUUUAUAUUACUAUGUAGCAAAUGUGAUAACCGAGGUCAUCUAUCAUAUUUGAAAUGAAACUUAAAAUAGUUGCCUGGCAGCCCAGAAAAACCCAUAAGAUUACACUGUGAUUGGAUUCUGACAGAAAUAGUCUGCCUGUAAAAAUCAACUUUACAUUUUUAAGAUGGCUAUAUUUGUGCAAAUAUAUUUUGGCUUUAUUUGUGCAAAGACUCAGUUGGAUAAGGAGCCAGUCUUAUAAAUUAAAGAAAAAACAGUCUGCAUGAUUAUGUCUAAAACACAAUACUACUACACAGCAAAAAGGGUUUUUCUAAGAGUUUAUAAUAAUUUCCUUUUACUUGUAGUAGAGUUAUAUGCAAAUAUACUUCCAAUUAAAAUCUGUAGUUCAGAAUUAAAUAUAGUAUAAAAUUUCAACAUUUGAAGGAUUUUCCCAGGAUGCCACAUAUUUAUUAUACACUGUGUACAUUUAAAACAAACAUAUUUGAAUAAAGCCUAAAAUUGACUGGUCUCAAAUAACAGCAAAAUUAUUCCACUUAAUAUGUACAAAACCUUUUAUAUGCAGCAACUAAUUCAUCUAUUCAGUUAUUUAGUACACAGAGGUUUGUUUACAUUGUAUUUAAUGUUGCUUAAACUAAAGUUGUGUUUCUGCUUGAAAAAGACUUCUUUUCUGUAUGUACUAUAUAAAUUCUUAAUGAGAUAUUUUGUUAAGUCUAUUCCUGAUGUGUGUGUGUGUGUGUGUGUGUGUGUGUGUGUGUGUGUGUGUGUGUGUGUGUGUGUGUGUGUGUGUGUGUGUGUGUGUGUGUGUGUGUGUGUGUGUGUGUGUGUGUGUGUGUGUGUGUGUGUAUGUGAUUUAUAUAUGUUUUAGUUUUGCCACUGAGUAAAUGCUUUUUGGUGCCUGGUUUUGAUUUUUUUUUGUUUUUUUUUUUAACAAAUGUUUAUGCAUUAUACUAUCACCACAGACCAAACAACAAGUUCAAAAAUAACAAUUUUCUAAUAUGACACUAAAGGAUGCUAAUACAGCUAUUGUCUAUAGCUACAAGUGAAAUCUAUAGUCUCUUUUAUUUUUAUAGCACAUUUAAAGAAAGAAGUGGCAUUUCAAGAUUAAAACCACAGAUGACUCAGAUGUCGGUGCUAAUAUUAACUGUGCUGUGAUUAAGUUAUUGACCAUUUUGAGUUUGAUCUAGAUUAUUCCAAUAAAAUUAAUUAAACAAAUUUUCCCAUCUUUAAACAUUUCUCCAUUCACCUUCACUUAUUCCAAUCCCUUGUUUUAAUUUUCCAGUUAUAGAAUAUAUAUAAUAAAAUUAUGUCAACAGAAUGCUAGAAUGUUUUCACAACUGCCAGUGUAUGGACUAAGUAAACUCCUGUAUAUAACACUAAAGAUAACAAAGCAUUCCUACAAUAUUACUGAUAAUUUAACACUUGUUUAUUUUAAAUACUUUGGGAAAUGUUCAUGAAGCCAAUGAUUUUAUUAUAUGUUUAUAAUAAUUUUAAUAAUGGCCAAAAGCUAGAUGACUGAGAAACAUCAGUGUUGGUGUUGCUUAUGACUGAAAUGUUGAGUUCAAAUCACAGCCAGAAAGUCACUACUGAGCUCUUAAAACAACUCUGAUAACUGUUUGGCAUUAUGCUUGUAAUUAGCCUCACUUAUAAAUGACUUUGAAAGCAUCACAGCAUCUGUUUCAUGAAUAAAUGUACAUUUCAAAGCUACAAUACAUGUUUAUCUGUCUGAUAUAUCUAAAAUAAAGUCAAAGUAUUAUGCUUUAA